AUGAAUGAAAUCCAGCCUUCCUGUUGGAAUAGCACACCUGUCUUGUUCAACAAAUCUUGGAGUGGAGGGCAUUACUACCAAGUGAUCAGUGCAGCAGAAACAAUCAUCCUUCCCUCUCUAAUUGGGAUUAUCUGCUCAAUGGGAUUAGUUGGCAAUAUCCUCAUUGUGUUCACCAUAGUAAGGUCUAGAAAAAAAAACAUUCCAGAUAUCUAUAUCUGCAAUCUGGCUGUAGCAGAUUUGGUUCAUAUCAUUGGCAUGCCCUUUCUCAUUCAUCAGUGGGCCCGCGGAGGAGAGUGGGUGUUUGGCAGCCCUCUGUGUACCAUCAUUACAUCCUUAGACACAUGCAACCAGUUUGCAUGCAGCGCUAUUAUGACAGUCAUGAGUUUGGACAGGUACUUGGCUCUUGUCCAACCAUUUCGCCUCACUAGCCUGAGAACAAGAUCAAAGACUAUUCGCGUUAAUUUAUGCCUGUGGGCAGCUUCACUGAUCCUGGUGUUUCCUGUCUGGGUCUACUCAAAAGUAAUCAAAUUCAAAGAUGGCUUGGAGAGUUGUGCUUUCGAUCUAACAUCACCUGAUGAUGUACUUUGGUACACGCUUUAUCUGACUAUCACAACUUUCUUUUUUCCAUUACCACUGAUAUUCAUUUGCUAUAUAUUGAUUUUAUGUUACACGUGGGAGAUGUAUCAGCAAAACAAGAAAGCAGGAUGUUACAAUACCAGUAUCCCAAGACGAAGGGUCAUGAGACUGACCAAGAUGGUGCUGGUGCUGGUCGGUGUAUUUGUUGUAAGUGCUGCUCCAUACCACGUGAUACAGCUCGUGAAUCUUCAGAUUUCUCAGCCAUCACUGACAUUCUAUGUGAGCUAUUACUUCUCCAUCUGCCUCAGCUACGCCAGCAGCGGCAUUAACCCUUUCCUUUACAUACUACUUAGCGGGAACUUUCGGAAGCGUCUGACUCGGUGCACAAAUGUCAAGCUCAAGAUGACAGAACGUGAAGUUAACAACAUUGAAAACACACUGGGGUCAAGCUUUUAA